UAUAAGGAAGACUCGUUUCGCCCAAGUUUGUUUGCAAAUGGCGUCCUCGAAUGUUGAAUAUUACCAAAAACAGAAGGAAUUGCAAGAUUUUAUGUGUGAACAGGAACAGAGAAGACAACAUUUAGAACAUCAGUUACAGGUUUACUCUAGGUCGGAUGAAAGACUUCAUAGAGUUAGUAGAAUGGCAGGUACCAGUUAUUCAAAAUCUAAAGACACAUCAAACAAAUCUAAGCUAAGAGCGACUAGAUUGCAGAGCUAUUGGAGGAAAAUAUGUGAAGAUCAAAGAAGAAGUCAGCAAAGAAAUGACCAGAUUUUAAAAGAGUUUGAUAGAAUUGAUGCACAUUUGGGAAACUUGUCAGCUAGGACAGAGAGACUGAGACUUCUUAAGCAACAGUAUGCAGACUACAUAGAAAAAACAUAUCCACAAUGGCACCAACAGGUUCUACAGAUGAAACAAAGAAAAGAUGAAUCUCAGAAGCAUCAUGAAAGAGCUGCUAACUUGUCCCAUUUUUCUCAGUACACACCACAGAAACAACAGCCAGUAACAGAUCAGUAUGUGGCCUCUACAUCUUCUAGUCAGUUUGCUUCACAGCCCGGACAACAGAAUCAGUUUGCUGCUUCUACACCGGCAUAUCAACAACAGCAACAACAUGUUCCUGAUGUAUCAGUUACACCUAUACAUAGAGAUUCAAGAGACAGGAUAAGUACUCAGGUUACACAGGAAUCUGCAGUGUAUGCUAACUUUACCUCAGUUACCAGAGACAGUUCAAUGCCUCAGUACACUACACCACCGCAAACUAGUACCCAACAGCAGCAUGCUGCUCCUCUUCAGAGCCACCCUAGUAAUCAACAGUAUGGAUCACCAUCUCAGACCUCAGCUGCUGGGUAUAAGGUUCCUGCAGAGAAAGAAUCUGAUGCUCAGUUGAAAGUUAGUGAUUUACAAGGAGACAUCAGUUUUAGUUCUGACAUUCCGUCUGAGAUUAUUAAUAGACCAAUCCAGAGUAUAACUGUAGAGAAGUUUGGACAGAAAGUUACACAGGACUCCAGAGUGGAAUCACCAGAUAUUGUAUCUAAAUCAACAUCUGGUCAAAUGGAACCAAAUUCAGCUGAUGAAGCAGAUGAUGACAUUAGUAACUUUGAUGAAGAGGACAUUCCUGAUGAUGGCCGUCAAGCACCUACCCCAGCACGACAAGCCACACAUGCAGACGUAAUGGAGGAGAUAUCUUCCACUGAAGAAUCCCCCAUACCAACACCUCAACCAGGUGGCCAUCAAGUCUUAACUGUACCUACAGCUGGAGUUAGUCGAUCACCACUACUAGACUCAGAACUAACAAUAGAUGGUAUUAUACACCUGAUACAUUAUGUUGAAAGUGUAAUCCCUGAUGCUUUGUCACUGGAAGGGUUCUACAGAUCUACCCCUCCACAGUAUGGAGAAAAAUUAGAAAUCAUUAGUAAAGCCAAUGGUGAAGAACACUUGAUUGAUUUAGAUGCUGAAAUGUGUACUAUGGUGAUUUUAGAAAAUGUGGUCCUUUUGAUUCGUAAUUUACCUGCAGGCUGUCUAUUACCUGAUGCCAUCUUAGCCAGUAGUCAUACUAUCAAUGAAAUACAAAUAGGGAGAGUACUGUCAAUGGAAGCGAAGCCAUUGUGGGAUUGUUUAUUUACACAUUUUCUACAGUUGAUUAAACAUAAAGUAAUGACUGUCAAAGAAGUUGCUGCUGUUUUUGUUCCAUGUCUUGUGGUUGACUCUUCUGACUAUCAGGACAAGGCAUAUGAAUUAUUAGUGGAUUUGUUAGAGAAAAAAGUGGAACAAGCUGCAUCCCCACCAACACCUAGGGAAGCAGCUGAAAGUAUGAGAAGCAGUCAAGGGGGAGUUUCAGCUGAGUUAGAAAUUGAUGAGUUUGGCAAAUACAAAGUUCCGCCUUUGAAGUUUGGAAGUUUAGUUGACAGUAAACAACAUAGCGAUGAUGAAGACACUACCAUGGUAACACCAAGUGUACCAACAGAUGGACCAAGAAUCCCCUUGAAUGAAACCGCAGCUUAUCGUAAUUUGUUGUCUGGUACCAUGAGUGGUCAGAAACAACCCAGUUACCAUGACGAUAAUAGUGAUGAUGAAGAUGACACGGAUGACGAUGUAGAAAAACAGUUUGCAUCGACUCUGUCUCCUAGAACCCCAAGGGAGACAUCUAGUACUAUCCCACCUCAGCCUACCACUGCUAUUAUGUCACAAUCUAGACCAACACAACAGAUGGAGCCACUAUCUGAAACAAGUUCAGCAACUUCACCAGUGUAUGUGCCAACAGGCAUGCAGAAGAGUGUUAAAUCAGAGGCAGCUUCUACAGGGAGAUCAGACAAAAUGCAGCCAUUCAAAAGACCUGCACCAGUUGUGAUGAUAAGUUCCGAUUUGGAUUCUGAAACAGACUUAGAUAUUCUAAUGGAGAAAAAACAGACAUCACAAGAAGAAGAUGACUUCUUUGACUUUUAUGAAUAGUGAUUUACAUAUUUGUCGUACCUUUAGAUAUUUAGUAAAACUAUUAUGUUUAAAGUAUAUAAAUAUUCUAACAUAUCAAUAUUACACACAUAUCAGUGAUUUAUUGCUGAAAUACCUGCGUUGCUAGAAACUACAUUCCUGACCAUCCUUAAUCAUAACAAUUGUUUUCUUUACAAGAUGUAAAAAUGUUAAAAUCUUAAAAGGAAAUAUUCCAAUAUUUUUUACCAAAUCAAGUUUAUUUUAUAAAAGAAUUCUAGAAAUUUAAUUGGGUCUUGUUUUACCAAAGAAUUUAUUUUCCAGAAGAGGGUUUGUGUAAUAGUAAACAAUUAUGAAUAUAUUCAAUACAAAUGCUAAUUCAUUAUGAGUUCUUCCCUCCCUUUCCCUUUUUAAAUAUCAAGAUUUUAUACAAUUUGUAAUGGAAAAUGUAUUAGACAGACACAUAAUUAUAUAAAUCAUUGUUGUCAUUCAACUAUAUGGAACCUUACAAUUUGCUUGUUUUUAUACUUGAAAAGGACUAAUUUUGAUGUUUUCUGCACAUAAUUUUGUAUUGAUUUCUCCUUUGCUAACAAAAUUUUGAAAUUGCCUACUCUUUAAGAAUUUUUUAGAUCUGUAAUUAUAUUUAUUUUAAGGGGAUACUUCUAAUACUAUAGGGAUAUUGAAUUUUAUUGGUUAAGGAAUUAAAGCAUAGCUAUUAUGUAUGUCACUUCAAUUAAGUUUAACCAGACUAUACGUCAAGUUCUUUUCCUGUUUAGUUUGUUAAUUAUUUCAGUAUCCGUCCACUGAUUUAGUAUUGUCUAGUCUGUGAUAAUAUAUCCUUAAAUGUAUCUUUUCUUCUUUAUUUAUUUUAACAAAACAUUACUAAUAUUAGUUUUUGUACUGUAAUAAAAUAAAAAUGGAACAUUU